UGGCGGCUGCGGCGUUCCUUCAGGUUGCCCGACCCGCAGGAAUAAGCAUCCAGAAGGGGACUGGAACUCCUUUGGGAAGAACGCGGCCUCUUAGGAUUAAACAUUUUCUCUUUUGCAAUCGUUGCCUGGGCAACGUCCCCUUUAAAACUCCCUAUACUUUCCAUUGGCCGAUGUAAAUCUCUAGCGAUUAAAGGGACAGUGGCGACUUUCUGUCUUCCUGCACUUUGCCUUCAAUUCAAUGGGCCCUGCUUUGAACUGUGGGCACACUGCCCUGUUUGCAAUCGCUUUCGGUCUCCGCGUCGGCCUCGUCUUCUAUGGGCUGCACCAGGACCGCUCCAUGCCGGUGAGGUACACUGAUGUGGAUUAUCAUGUCUUCACAGACGCCGCCAGGUUUGUCACUCAGGGAGAUUCUCCAUACAGAAGAGCAACCUAUCGUUACACCCCAUUAUUGGCAUGGAUACUGACUCCCAACAUCUACCUCACAGAACUGUACGGGAAAAUCCUCUUUAUUAUAUGUGAUAUUCUUGCUGCUCAUCUCAUGCAUAGAAUCCUAAGCCUUCGAGGAUUUGACAACUGGAGAGCAUGCUGCUACUGCAGCCUAUGGCUUUUCAACCCUUUGCCAAUGACUGUCUCAAGCAGAGGGAAUGCAGAAGCCAUUCUUGCAGUUUUGGUGAUGGCUACUUUGUUCUAUCUGGAAAGAAGGCACAUUGUGAAGGCUGCAUUAUUUUAUGGGCUUUCUGUGCACAUGAAAAUUUAUCCAGCGACUUACGUUGUACCCAUAAUCUUAUCACUUCAGACUGACCAGCAAGCAACCAAGGAAAGUAAUUCUACUAAAUGGAAUGACAGCUACCUUAAAAAAGACACAUGUUUUCACAACUGUGUAAGGAGCUUCAUGAAGCUGGUGGUCAGACUGCUCAAUCAGGAGGUGCUGAUAUUCAUUGGUGUAGCUGGACUGAUAUUCUUUGGCCUGGGGGUACUUUUCUAUUGCAGAUAUGGCUGGGAAUUUCUGGACCACACGUACCUUUAUCAUCUAACACGAAGAGACAUUCGCCACAACUUCUCCCCCUAUUUCUAUAUGUUGUAUUUGACAGCAGAGAGUGAGUGGAGCUCUGGUCUAGCUCUAGCUGCUUUCAUCCCACAGUCUCUGCUGCUGUUGAUUACAUCUUUUGCAUAUUACAAGGACCUGACCUUUUGUUGCUUCCUGCAAACUGCAAUUUUUGUAACUCUCAACAAAGUGUGUACUUCACAGUAUUUCCUAUGGUAUUUGUGUCUGCUGCCAGUUGUUCUACCAAAUCUGGCACUGACCUGGAGAAGAGGCAUGGUGCUGUUAGUUCUGUGGUUCAUUGGUCAGGGAUUAUGGCUCACCCCUGCAUAUUACCUGGAGUUUGAAGGACAGAAUACCUUUCUGUUCAUUUGGGUGGCUGGUUUGGUAUUUCUCUCCAUCAACUGCUACAUUCUGUUGAUAUUGAUCUCAAGCUACAAGAAAAGGGAAUUGCAGCCAAAAACAAAGACUGAAUAACAGAAAUGCUUCUUUGCUUAGGGUGUUGCUGUUUACUACCUGGGAAUGUGCGUAGAAUAGAUUCUGAUCUGUUAUUAUCUGUAUGUGGGGCAAGUUGACUCAGAUGAAUUGACCAAGGCAUUACCAUGGAAAAUGCAUCAGGAACUUUUUUUUUCCUGAGCUUUGUUGAAUGCAAAGAAAGGCAGAAUAUCCAGACGUGAAUUUUUCUGCUAUACAAAGGCCAGGUCCCUGCUGUAUGAAUUUAUGCAGCAUCUAGCAUGUAAAAGUCAGCCACGUUGCAAGCUUGAUUGACAACCUUAAAUUGGAUGUUUGUGUAAUUCUUUUGCAGUUUUCAAAGAAUGAAUUUUGCUAAUUGAUGCAGAUUCUUGCGUCCUUUUCAAACAUUCUUGAAAUUAAAUUCCACAAACAACUUAAUGUUUCACUUGCACAAGACAAUACAUUUUGUCAAUGGAAUAGUUAUCCAGUUGUGACAAAUAGAAUGAAAAACAUUACAGACCCCCUUCUAAGGAUAUCACAAUAAAAGAAAAUACAGAGGAACCUCGAUUAUCCGAAGGAGAUCUCGAGGUCCCGAUAGAAAUAUUAUAUGAAAGAGCUGUUUCAAUCCUGAUCGCGUCUUUUAUUUACACUGAUUAAAAAUUAUCUCUGCCGAGAACAGUCCUGGACAUAGAUGAGAUUCCAGGCUCCAAAUGACUGACCUCCUGCCCUCUCUCCCUACCUUC